CCGAAAGAGUGAUGGAGGAUCCAGGACCAAGGAAAACAUGCUCUUUUUUAAUCUUUAGAUUGUAGUAUUAACAGAAUGGAAAGAUUAAAAAAAUGACAACGAUACGUCCAUUCACCUGUGAUGAUUUGUUUAAAUUUAAUAACGUAAAUUUGGAUCCUCUGACUGAAACAUAUGGCUUGCCUUUCUACAUGCAGUACCUGGCUCACUGGCCGGAAUACUUCCAGGUGGCCGAAUCACCAAGUGGAGAAGUCAUGGGAUACAUCAUGGGCAAGUCCGAAGGGUCGGGUGAAGUGUGGCAUGGUCACGUGACUGCUCUAACGGUGGCUCCGGAAUACCGUCGUCUCGGGCUGGCAGCCAAGUUGAUGAACAUCCUCGAAGAAGUGUCAGAAAAGAAGAGAUGUUACUUUGUGGACUUAUUCGUGCGAGUGUCUAACCAAGUUGCCGUGACGAUGUAUGAGAAACUCGGCUACAGCGUGUACCGCCGUGUUCUUGAGUACUACUCGGGGGAAGUCGAUGAAGAUGCCUUUGACAUGAGGAAAGCCCUAUCGCGCGAUGUGGAUAAGACAUCCGUCAUCCCGUUAUCCCACCCUGUCCGGCCGGAGGAGUUGGACUGACCUUGACUCCGGUGAAUCGCCAUGGUGAUCUGUUGUUCCAGUCUCUGAUAUUCGCAGCUGCACUUGUUGGUGCUAUUCUCACUCUACUGCUGGUGGAGUUGUCACGACGACAAACCCAACGCUUUCCUUCACUGCACCCUUCCGUAGAUCGCGAUCUGUGAGACUUUGUGUUCACAGGAAGAGCCAACAGACCCAUCCCACCUUUUCAUUUAACUCGAAAAAAAAAAUUCUCUGUCAAGUUAAAUGUAAAAACUUAUCUACUGUAUACUUGUUUUGCAUGAAAAUAUUUUUGUGGGUAUCGAUGUUUAUCAGUGUUAUUAGUUUUAUUAUGAACUGAAUUUUUUUUUCUUGUCUAUAGUAAUUUGUGAGAGAUACGCUGUGCCAUAUGUAUGAUAACUCGUAAAUUUAUUUAUUUUGGAUUAAAUAAUAAUGUUCUACUUGUUUCCCCAUAUAUUACAAAAUAUAUUGUGCAUCUUUUUUGUGAUUUAAGUUGCCAGCAGAUGUCCCUUCUUUUAUUUUUGUUCACAUUUCAUUUCCACUUAUUUUCAUGCUUAUAUCCAAUUACAGUUCAAACACGCUGUCCUGGGCACACAUCUCAGCUAUCUGGACUUUCUGUCCAGGACAGUAGGUUAGUUGUUAGUGAGAGAGAAGAGGGUGUAGUGGCCUUACACCUACCAAUUGAGUCGUUUUUUGUUCACAGAACUUUGUUCUCAACUGGUGAUCUUAAAAUAAUUGUAAAAAUAUAUUUCAUCUUUAUAAUAUAACUUAUAUGAUUGUGUGCAGGACCAGUAUCCGAUGCCUUAGGUAAGUCCACAAUGUGCAGCCAUCCAUAUUUAAUUUGGAACAUACUAUAAACCUUUAAAAAAACUCAAAAAAACACCACCUACAAUCUCCACCCCUUCCCCCUCUCGAUUAUUUUUAAUUUAUGCUAUUGUGGCUUAAUUUUUGCCAAAAUAUAGGAUCAUCAUGCACUCAUCGCCUGAUUGCUUAAAACCUUGAACACUUAAGAGUUAUAUAUAAGAUAUGUAUUGAGUGAUGAUUAGUGUUCAGCAGAUCUUGUUAAAUUUAUAUCUUUUUUUAAUAAUAAUAGAGCUGUGCUUACUCAUCCUCCACUCCAAAAAAAAAAAGAAAUAAAAAAAAGUUACAUCUAGACAAAAAAAUAAAAAAUUCUGCAUGUUUGUAAUUAAUGAUCAAUUGUAUACCAACUCCCCUCGCUAGAUAUGGCCCGGACAAUUUAAUUUUCGACCUGCACGAAGGAAUAAAAAAAUUUGAAAAUAUGAAGUAAUACAGGGUCUUUUAACAGCUAGACAAAAAGUGGUCUUGACUAAAAGAACACUUAAAUUCCAUAUUUUUCUGGAGGAGGAGCAACUGUCCCUCUGCUUCCCUCACCAGAUAUGGUCCAGAAAAUUAGAUUUUCGACCUGCCUGAAGGGGGGACGUGGAAUGGCAGAUUUAAUUAAGAAAUAAUAAGUUUAUUUUAAGUAUCUAUUGGAGUGGAAAGUCGCUUUAUACUUUGAUAAGUGGGCCUCGCAGACGCAUUGAUUAGUGAUCGUCUUCCACUAACAAGCCAGCUGUGUUUGGCUAAGCUACAAACCGCGGAGAGCUACGGGGGGAUGGGGAGGGGAAGAGGUGUCUGAAGACAAGAGACGUGUGUUUGUGGUGAUGAACACCCGGCAGACGAUCUACAGGCCCGCUUCACCAGCUAACGAGUUCCCCAGCGAUCGGUUCCGCCCCGUCUCUUCAUCAGACUGCACAUCACGUCUGCUAAUGAGGCUAUCAGCUUCUCUUGCACAUAGACUUAUUUCAGAGUGCAUACCUUUACCACAGGUUUACAGUUUUUACUUUUCAAGAUGCUGUCAAAAAAAAGAAAAAAAAAAGAAAAAAAAGGUUCUAUUAUGGAUAUUGGUUUUAGUAUCUUUUUUUUUUCUUUUUCUUCGUGGUAAUUUUAGACAUAUGAGACCACCAGCACCACAAUUAGAAAGUUGGGCAUUUUCACAGCAAAGCCCGAAAGCCAAAUUUAUAAAGCUUAUUUUAGUCUUAAACAUAUGUAACUGCAUACAUUUACAAUAAUUAAAUAUCUGCGUGUAGCAAAAACGGACUUCGUAAAUUCGGCUCUGAAUUUCCCAGUGACGAAUUCAGAAAGGCGAGCGUUGACGAACUAUUUUACUGGUAUUGUAUUAUAUCCCAUCACAUUCAUUUAGCGUUAGGUACACACACAAAAAACCCAGUCUACCGCACGACCUCAACCGCUCGCCCUAAUGAACAUGCCUAAAAUUAAUUUAAUUUUUCAUAGCAAAGACUGAAUUUUACUUAAAUAUUUUAAGAUGUAUAUAUUUCGUUCUAUCUCCAAUAAAGUGCAACCCCAUACACCUAUGUUGGCAAAUAUUAGUAUCCUUAAAUGUUUCUUUUGUCCUGAUGUGUUUGUGUGUUUAGCGUUCUGUUUGCUGCGUGUUGAAAGAUGUGACUAGAAGAAAUACACGUUUGAUUUGCUGUAUAACCUGUUGCUGCAUAUCUCCACGAUGAUUCACCGGAGUAUAAACUUGCCAACUCAUCACAAGUGAUGAAGAAAUAAAAUAAAUAAAUAUU